AAAAAUUAAUUUAAAAAAAUUAAAAUAAUUUCUUACAACACCAGCGCACGCUUACAGACGCCAAAGCGCCCAAACACACGCACACACACAUAUGUAUGUAGUCAAGCAUGAUUGCGCCCGGUCAUAGCCAUAAACGCACUUAAACCCCAAACCCAGCACACGAACACUAACCAAAAAGUGCCACGAAAAUGUUGCAAGCCAUUGAAACAACGCCACAAAAAUUCAAUAACAACAACAACACAAGUAUACUGCUUAGUACGUCGACUAGCGUCAGUAAGGCGCACGCCACACCCCCAACUGCCACAGCAGUAACAAUAAAUAACCAAAGUCAAAGCGUCAACGCUGAGGAGAAGCAACAGCGUCGUCGCUCAACAUUCUAUGUACCGCUUGUGAUUGAGGACGACGACGACGACGACAACGAACACAACGCACAGGCGGCGUCACGGAGUCAGUCAAACGACUUGCCGUCAAGUCGUCAGAGUUUAGAGCACGCCGACACCAGCAGUCUAGGUGGACGCUCGAGCGCCUCCAAUACCAGUACGAGCACAGCGCCGGAACGGAAGAGUGUGUCGAGUUGUGGUGGUAGCGCUAGCGGCAGUGGAAACGGCAGCAAAAGCAAAGCUGAAAAGAAUAGUAAUAAUAAUAAUUUGAAGAAGUCGACAUCGUUGAAGAACGCAAGCGCAACAUCGAAAGUGGCGGCGUUGCUCUUUGAACGCACCAACAGUACUUUGGGUUUCGGCGCAAGCGGUAGCAACAGCAGCAGUGCCAGUAGUGCUGUAGUGAAACGCAAUAGUGUAAAGAAAAUGUCACCACCUUGUGGUUUCAAUUGGACCAUCAGUGGCAACACAGUCGAUACAGAUUUGGAUGAGGAUAGUGAUGUGACGGUACAGGUAAACGCGCCAGCGGUCAACAAAAAUGCCGGUAAGGAGAAAUUAAAGCUGAGUCGUUUAACGCAAAAGUCCGAGAAACGACACAGCACGAGCAGUAAAAGCUCUGUAAAUAGCAACGCCACAACCGCUUCGCUGCCGAACAGCAAGUCGUUGCAAAAAACAACAAAUGUAAAUGCCAAAACGAAGCGUUAUGGCAUCGUGCUAAACGGCAUAAGUUUGGACGACGAGCACUUGCAAAUCGCGCAGUCGGCGACGACGAAUACAAACAACAAGUCGACGCCGCCAACAAAAACUCGUAGUAAUCUGGUCGAGUUCAAUGAGGACGAUAUUGUGCUGGCGACCCCCAACAAACAGGCGCGCAGCUCUAGAACCACACCGCCAACGCACGGCAAGCCAGCAACAACGAGCAGUGUUAAUAAAAAUAUGAAUAACAGUAGUGCUAAUAGUGUGCGCACAACAACGCCGAGCAAACGUGCUGACAAUUGGCGUAACAUAGAUGCGCACGAUUCGGAUAUUGAUGUUGUUGACGACGAAUCGCUAGCGCAUUCGGAUAUGGAUACCGAUGACAAUCGCAACGAUGGCGACAACGACGACGAUGACGAUGACUCAGAGAUAAGUCGCAUACAAACGAACACAUCGACGCCGAUCAAAAUGAUGAAAUCACGUUCGCGCACGAAUAUCUUAUCGGUGCCCAGUGUGGAGCAGCACAACCUACUGAGUGUAGCCGCAGCUGCUGUCAAACCGAAUACAAACGCCACACCACCGUUGUUAUUGCGCGCUAAGUCCAAAACGCUCCCACAAAAUCUAUCCCCUUCAGUUGUAUUACAACAGUCGGAGGCAUUGUUUGACGAAUGCAAUACGCGUACUACCGCUCAGACGAAAACUACAAAAUCGCCGGGUGUUGGUGGUGGUGCUACGAGCACUUCGCGCACUGCACGUCUAAUUGGUCCGCUCACCAAGGUACAUCAUAAUCUAUUUGGUGGUAGUGUGGCUAGUCAUAUUGGCGCUAGCGCUACAACAACAACGAUCAACACUGUUGGCACUAACAAAAGUAAAGAUGCCAACAAACUCACGCACAGUUCAUCCACGUCGCUGAUAACACAAACUUUUCCACCCAAACAUUUAUUCCUACUGAAAUCCACAUCAAAGUUACCCAUAAGCAAUACGUGCUCAUCGACAUCCAUGAGCCUGGAACAUAGUAAAACGAAAGCAACGAAGAGUUUUAGUACGGAUACAACGAUUACCUCACCAAAGAACGCGAGCGCUAUACAAACGCAGGCGGUGACGUCACCACCAAAGAAAUCGUUAAGUUUCAUACGUCGUGCGCAUUCAACGAAAUUGUCGCGUAAUAAUUCGCUACUCAAAUCGAUCGCCAGUCAACAUCAACAGAAUAUACAGCAGUCUGGGUCGUCAUCAUCAGCAACGUCUGCUAAUAUGGUCGACUGUUCGGGCAGUUGGGGUAAGGACUUCUAUUUGAAUUAUGAUGUGUGCCCGUUGGCGCUGGAUGAGCUCGAAACGUAUUUUCGUUCGGACCGUUGUACGACCUUAAUACGCGAACGUUUUAAAAUAUUGGAUAUACCAUUGAACUGCUCGGCAGCGGAUGAGUCGCAUAAUCAACAACAGGAUAGCUCAUUGCGUGAGCUUGACACAAGUUGUAGUAGUCAACAGCUCCUAAGAGUACCCGGCACAACAGACGACGAUGAUGCAGGACAUCAUUCGGACACUUCAUAUGAGAAGGCUUGCAGGCGUGGCUCUGCACCAGCGACACCCAUAUUGGGUCAGAAGCAGCAACAACCAGAGAAUAAUACAACCUCAAGAUUUACGAAUUUCUUUUCAAAACGAUCAAAUCCACUCAAACGUACAAAGUCAGUUACCAAAUUGGAACGCACCAAAAGAGGCUCAGGCGGCUUACGCGGCUCGCGUUCACAUGAGAGCUUGCUCUCUAGUCAUGCAGUAAUGUCGUCGAUCGAUCUCUCCUGCACCGGUGCCGUUGGCGUCGCGCCAGUGCAUCAAUCGGUGCUUGGCCGUCGGCACUGCUUUCAAGUGCGCGGCGGUCCGCGUGGUGAGCGCUACUACGCCUGCGGUUCGCGUCAAGAGCGCGAUCUGUGGAUCUACUCGCUGCGCAAAUCUAUAUCACCGAACGCCGAGCACACACGCCACACAGACAACUCGCUUAAGAUGUGGAUCUACGAAGCGAAGAAUCUGCCACCAAAGAAGAAAUAUUUCUGCGAACUACACCUCGACAAAGCGUUGUAUGGACGCACUAGCGUUAAGCUGCAAACCGAUUUGUUAUUCUGGGGUGAAUAUUUCGAUUUCCCCGAUGUGCCCGACAUCAAUGUGAUCACAGUGAAUGUAUUCCGCGAGGUGGAGAAGAAGAAGAAGCGCGAUAAGCAUAUGUUCGUCGGUUCGGUAAAAAUACCAAUACACGAGGUGACAUCGCGCAUAUUCUCCGAGGAUUGGUAUCCGAUAUUAACUGAGAAAUCCAACGACAGCUUGAAUCGCAAUGGCAAGGAGGUGACGCCCACGUUGCGCAUCAAGUGUCGUUUCCAAAGCACCGACAUACUGCCGAUCAAUGUGUAUGCCGAUUUUCUCGAGUAUUUGAAGAAUAAUUAUAAGCGCGUUUGUGAAACGCUCGAGCCGGUGAUCAGCGUGAAAGCCAAAGAGGAUAUUGGACAGGCGCUCGUCUUGCUAAUGCAUGCGCAAGGACUAGCUGGCGCAUUUCUAACCGAUGUGGUAGCAUUGGAUUUGUUGCGCGUUGGCGAUCAACGCCUCACAUUCCGCGGCAAUUCGUUGGCCACCAAAAGCAUGGAAGCUUUUCUCAAAUUAACCGGCGAACAGUAUUUGCAAGACACGCUCUCGGCGCCAAUUAAUGAGAUCAUACAAUCCGAUCGCGAUUGUGAAGUGGAUCCGACAAAGGCGAGCGGUUCGCUGCAACGCCAACAGGCGUCGCUACGUGCCGCCGUGCGCAGCGCCUGGCAGUGCAUCUACGAGUCACACAAACAUUUUCCACAACAGCUGCGCUCCUGCUUUGCGACAUUCAGAGAGCGUUUACAGCAGCUGGGACGUCAGGAUAUGGCGGAUAAUCUGAUAUCGGCGUCCAUCUUUUUGCGCUUCUUGUGUCCGACUAUACUGUCGCCAAGUUUGUUCAAUAUAACCAAUGAGCUGCCCUCGGCGCGCGCCACACGUAAUCUAACGCUUGUCGCUAAGACACUACAAACGCUGGCGAACUUCACACGCUUCCAGGGCAAGGAGAGCUUUAUGGAGUUUCUCAAUGACUUCCUCGAACAGGAGGCGCCACGCAUGAAAGAGUUCUUGCAACAGAUCUCCACGCGCCCCGAACAUGCCGCACCCGAGUCCAUACUCGACUGGGCGGGCUACAUCGAUCAGGGCAAACAGCUUUCCAUUUUGCAUAUAUUGCUUAGCGAGAGCAUUAGCAAGCUGCCGGAAGCGCGUCAGCACGAACUUGAUCCACUUCAGCAUAUCUUAGAUGAGAUCAGCAAAGCCAAAGAGAGCAAUAAUUUCAUGCAACACAUGCCGCACAUGUGUCCCACUACGCAUAUGCCCACUGAGAAUCAAGAGAAUCGCAAUCCCGAAGAUGUAGCUAUGCAAAUGCAACAGCAACAGCAGCAACAACACCAGCCCAUACAGCAUCAAGCACAGUUGGCGCAGCCGCAACAUGCCGUUGUCACAAAACCAAUGUCGGCAGAACGCGGUAUCAUGCGCGGCGUCUUGACGCCCAGCUCCUUGGAGAAGAACAUCUUCCGCUACAACGAUCCAACGGUCAAUGCGCUACUCCAACAACAACAACAACAGCAGCAGCAACAGCACGCGCAUGCGCAUCAAAUGCAACAGUCAAUGGGCAGCAAUAGCGCGCUUGAUAAGCGUCACUCGAAUUCUCAAAGCUCCAUCGCCGGCGGCAUGGGCUACAUGAGCACACAGCUGCAGCACGCGCAGUCACAAAGCUCGCUCGCUUCGUCCUCGAUUAACGGCGGCGGCGGCAGCAGUCACAAUCUACUCAUUUCCGCUAAUGUGCAGCAUCACUGUCCGCCUGCGCCCGCCGCAAGCGCUAGCAAUACUAUUGAGCGUCUGCAUGUUGGCGCCGGCGGCAAUGCGCACUACUACGGACUCAUGGGCACCAGCAAUGGCAACAUGAGCUCAUCGCUGGCCAGCAGCAGCAAUUUGAGCAGUCACAAUGGCAAUGACAGCGACGGCACUGCCGCUGGCAUGUUGCGCGCCACUACACUACCGCGCGGCAACAAUAACAAUUACGAUGAGUUGGCCAACGGCGAAUUUAUACAAAUUUCCGGUUUGGACACAAGCAGCGCCUUUGUGCGUAAGUCACCCACACCGCUGCUGAAGGGCAAUGCCGCUUUGUUGCAGCAACAACAACAGCAGCAGCAGCAACAACAGCGCCAGAAGCUGCACAACUCGAAUGUGAGCUUGGUGUUGAAUGAGCGCACACCGAGCAAAUUGAAUUUGGGCAUACCGGAUCACAGCAGCGCUUCCACACCGCUCGCACAUAAGCUGCCCGCAUACCAAAGACCGCCGCCCGCAGCAGGCGCACACCUGCAUGCGUCGCGCGACUCCAAUCCACACCCGAAUAUGCCCAUGAAUCUGGAAGAUUUAGAUGAUCUCUUCAAGUACGCCGAGGAGCACGCAGUGGUCGGUGAGGUGGUAACUGCCGCGACGCAAGCAGGCGGCCAACACGGCAAGAGCGCACGCGAGCAACUGUCGGCUAAAAGUAGCCACUGCUCGUCUGGUUAUCAGAGCAUCGCUACAAAUCCGCCGUCACAAUCGUCGAGCCCUAUCGAACAACAGCAACAACAGUUGCAACAACAAAAAAGUGUUGUUGGCGGUAAUACGCCACUCGCCUUCAAAAAUCCCACAUACCAGCUGCAGCAGCAACAAUCCACAAGCGGCGCCGCGCCAGCGCAUCAUCACCACCACCAUCACCAUCAUCAGCGCGUCAACUACAGCAGCGUCUUUAAUGCCGGCAACGCCAGUAAUGGCCAGCAACAGUCAGCGCAUCAACAGCUGUUCGGCUCUGCCGCCGCGCAACGCCCGAAACCACAUGGUGGCGGCCUUGUGGCAGCGCGCGCAGCGCUUUUGAACAAAGUUGGCGCGCUCACACCCUCAUCCUCGGAGGAGCGCCUCUCCAACGACAAUUACCAUGGCUUUGGUGGUGGCAGCGGCGGCGGCAUUAACAAGCUGAUGAAAUCGCCCUCACAUGGACAUUUGGAAGCACAGCGUUCGCUCAGUGGUGGCAGCAGUUCAUCUUCGUCCGGCGCUAAUAUGGGUUUAGGGCCCAUUUCAAUGCAAUCCAACACAAGUGGCGCACGCAUGCCGCGCACCAAUCCGCAAUACAAACGUGACGAUAAUUACGGGCCGCUAAAUGGCAGCAGCAGCGGCAGUUAUAUGCCAGCCGAUGUGGCGGCAGCGAACGCAGUGAGUGGGCUCUUCAGCAAUAGCGGUUUUGGCAAGCCGAACAAUGGCUUGGCGCACAACAGCGCGAACAUAAGCGGACGAUAUCAGCGGCGCUUGAGCUUGGACUCGGCGCGCACGCUAUCGGACAGCUCCACGGACACAGAAGGCCACUGCGCGCCACAUGAGGGCAAGCGUCGUCGUCAGCCGCGCGCACACACCAACGCCGGCAAUCAUCAGCAACACCACAUGACGGCCGGCAAUAGCAGCACCGGCGGUAGCGCUGGCAGCGCCAACAGCGGCAGCUUUGAUCAGAAUGGCGAAAUACAACUGCUGCAGGAAACACUCGACACGCUGCGGCACACGCUCGAUCGCGACGAAGCCGAGUUGCGCGACUCCAGCGAUGAGUUGUUCGCGCUGAAUCGUCACAACAGCGUGAAUGGUGGCAGCGGCGGCAGCGGUGUCAGCAAUUUAAGCAUGCAAUCUGAGUCGACUAUGCGCAGUAUUAUCGAUAGUUUGAUCUCUCCUAGGCUUAUCACAAUGGAGGAGGAGCUGCGACGCGAGCAGUUGAAAAUGUCGUUGGCGCUGUCGCACAAGCAGCGCGUCAUCGAGGAGCAGGGUCAGCAAAUUGCCGCGCUCGAUGCGGCCAACAGUCGACUGUUGAGCGCGCUCACCGCACUGCGGCAACGCUAUGAAACACAGCAACAGCAGCAGCAGCAGCAACAACAGCAAACGAGCUUAGCGAGCGCCAGCGCGCAGCAGCAGGCGCAGUGAACGGUAGCAGUGCGUAGCGUUUGAAGUUAUUUACAUAAUUAAAUAUUAUAAUUAAAUUAAAUUUAUUAAAUUAUUUACACGUUAGUGUUUAGUGCGCGCCGCAGCGUACUGGCGGCCAGCGUAGUGUGUGAACUUUAAAGUGGAGAAAUAUGUUAAACAAAGAAACAAGGCAAUAAGCUUUCAUUUUGCGCGCUAAGUGUGAAAAAAUAUACGUUUCCAAAAAUUUAGCUUUUAGACGCGUUGCUUGUUUUAAGUUACUUUAUUGCUAACAAGUUUUUAUAUAAAUAUAUAAACAUACAUAUAUAAAUAUAUAUAUUUUAUUUUCGUUGCAAAACUAAGCUUGUAUAAUUUUGUAAAAUUUAACUGCCGUUUUGGACUGUGGAUUUGUUUAUUUUUUUAUUUUUUGUGUUAAAGUUUUUUCUUAAAGACUUAUUAAAAAAAAAUAAUUUUUUAUUAAAAAUAUUUGAUUUUAAAAAUACCGAAAAUAUUAAAUCAAUUUUAAGCGUUGAUUUCUCUCGAGCGUAUCUGGUUUUAAUUAUAAUAUUUUUUUUUAAUUUUAUAAUUUUUUUUAAUAUUUUGUAUCUUUUCCUUUUGCUUCGGCCUUUAAUUUUUAAAUUUUUUUUUAAUAUAAAAAUUUAUAAAAAAAUUUAUUUUCGUAAUUUUGAAAUUAAAAAAAAAUUUUAUAAUAUUUUUUUUUUUAAUUUUUGUUUUGAUUCUUCAUAACUUAUUUUCAUUUUUUUAAUAUGUAAAAUUUUUAUAAUUUUUUUUUUUAUUUUUUCCCCACUGUGCGCAUACCUUUAUACACUUUAGCACAUAUUUUUAAACCGUUUUCUAUUAAAACGUCGCUGCUUGUUUUCAAAUAAUUAUAUAUGAAUUGAAAAUUUGUAUAAACAAAGAAAGAAGAGCAAAACACACAUACACACAGACAUACAAUUGUUUUAAAUUAAUUUUUAAAAUAUUAAGCGUUUACAUUUAUUUAAUCUAUUAGUAUUUAAGUGCAACUUUUUAAGUAUUCAUAUUUUAAUGAAAUUUUUGAAAAAUAAAAAUAAAUAAAAAUUAUAUUAAAAAAAAAACGAAAACAGAUAUUUGUGUAUAAACAAUCAGCAAAUAAUGUAGAGAGAGCGUUUCUAAAAAACAAUAUUUUAUUAAAAAGUUUGUAAAAGCGAGUACCACAAAAGAACAAAAAUAAGUGAGAACAUGCAUAAAUAGUACUGAGAUUAGUAAAGUCACAGUUAAUUAUAAUUAAUGUUGCAAAAAUUGCAAUAAUUUUUGAAAAAUAAUUUUCAAUAUUUUAUUUAAAAAAAUCUAAAUGCAAUUUGUUGUCAUAAAAAGGUGUCAUGAAAAGGUAGUAUCAACAGAGUGUCGA